AACAUUCGGCCAAUCAGCUUCAUUUAGAAUCGUCUAUAUCAACCUCCGCAAUUUGUUAGAAUUUUUAAUUACUUCCAAAUUUAUACGUGCUGCUUUAGAGGUGGGCUACUCUUUCAUUGACUAGUAGCCUCUGGAAAGUGAGUGUGGCUUUGAAACGCGCUCACUGUGAAUAGAUUUAACAGAACAUAAAACAGUUGGUAACUUGAAAAGAAAGCAAGRAAGUAAGGAGAAACGCCGUUUUACUUUCUAAAGAGCUCAAAGAUUAACACUACACCAUCGAAGACCAGCAAAACAUUUGAUCUCUUGACGAAAGAUUGAAACGACUCAGUUUGAAAAAAGCGAAGAAACAGUAAACACAAAAAUUCCCUCGAAACGUAAUAAUGGCCGGUGCGACAGCUGCUUUGCAUCUUGAGGACUUUUCUCCUUCUCUGGACACUUCUGCCUUGUCUUCUAGCGAAAAGGACAUCCUUCAGGAGUCUCUCUCUCUUAUUUUUGACUAUGUGUCGUUUCGUUUAAGGAGUAAAUUCGACCAGAGUCAGUUGGUUGGUUUACCUCGACAUUUUCUGAUCCCUCAAACUCCUUCAACAGCAGAAAGUAAACUUCGUUCACUUGCUUCACACAUGGAGGCAGAAUACCCGGACUUGUUCGAAACUGCUUGCGCAAAGCUUGAUUUUACACCGGCGACGGCUCGCUCGACGUUUUUUAGCGUUGCGAAGGAGAUUUUCCAAACGGGAAUCAACUGGGGAAGGAUUGUUGCGUUGUUCACAUUUGGAGGAGUCGUAGCUCAUCACUUCGUGGAUAAUGAAAGACCCGACAUGGUCUCUCAUGUUGCCGUUUGGAUUCCACAAUUUAUCGCAGAUCACCUUCUUUCAUGGAUUAUAGACAACGGUGGAUGGGAUGGCUUUGUCAAGUAUUUCUCAGAGUCGUCUCCAAGCCUAUGGAAAGGUUUAUUUGCAGUUGGAAGUAUUUGUGCAGCAGGGUUUACCAUGCUGGCUCUGAGUAAAUAAUUGAAUAUGAUCUCUGAAGCACCUAUUGAAAAAAAUAUAUGUAUAUGAGAUGUGAAAAACAGAUGAUGUUUAUGUCCUUACCACUUAAAUUCUAGAUAUAUCUAUUGAAAACACAUUGAAAAAUGACAAGCCUUUGCUAAGAGGCACUGCAAAAGUGUGCUUCUGAACCAAUAUUACUGCUGAUUAAUCUUUUUUCCAUUCUGGAAAACGUGGUUUGCAACAUUUGCAAAUGAUCAUUUUCAUUCAAUUAUGCAGACAUUUCUUUAUCAUUAAUCACAUUAACCCCCAAAAUAAUAAUUUUCUUACUUUAUCUCUUUAUCUCUUUCUCUCCUAAUCUUUGCUCUAAGUUCAGACAUAAACACGCAAAAGCUCUGAAAAGAGACUAAAUAGCAAAAGAAGCUGCUGCUACCCUGCUUGCAAUCCCUAGCUCAUGGCCUUUCAGCGACUGAUAUAGAAAUCAAAACAAACUGAACAUUUGCAGCUAUGCAAAUUGAAAGACUCAAAGUCUUAAGAAUGUGUGUGGGUGAGUGGAGUGUGGUGUGGUGUGGUGUGGUGUGGUGUGAAAGAAAAAUAAAGGAAUGUGUGUGAAAGUGUAUGUAUUCAUAUGGAGCAAAAAGUGUAUUUUCUCUGUUAUCUAUAUCAAGAAAUAUGAUAGGCAACAGAGUGGUUACUGUGGAAAUGAGAACCUUGAGUAAACCACCUCGACAGAUAUUCAUUCAUUAAUUAUUCAAGUAACUAUUCUAAAAUCUAUUUUCUUGUUUUUCACAACAAUACAGUAGCACACAUUAUUUACCAUUCUCUUUAUUGAUAUUCCUCUGGUCUACAUUCAAAUUCACAUUUUUUUAGUUCUAUCCAUUUUUCUCUUUUCUUAAUUCCAUUAAUCUACACAUCUUACUCGUACUCUAAUUCCUGCUUUCCAUUUUUUUUUUUUUUACUUCUUUCAUUUUGGAUUUAACUUCUGUUAGUGUAAAUAUUGUUAUAUUAAUUUUUAUGUUUAAAUAAUGGUGUGGUGUCUUAGAUUGGGUUUAUAUAUAUGUUAUGGUUUGGUUUUAUUUUUGUUGUUGUUUCAUCAUCCUGUUGUGGUCUUACUUAAUGUUCUUUCAUUUUGGAUUUAACUUCUGUUAGUGUAAAUAUUGUUAUAUUAAUUUUUAUGUUUAAAUAAUGGUGUGGUGUCUUAGAUUGGGUUUAUAUAUAUGUUAUGGUUUGGUUUUAUUUUUGUUGUUGUUUCAUCAUCCUGUUGUGGUCUUACUUAAUGUUCCUCUUGUAUCUAAGUGUUGAUAUGAUACUCAAACAUGAGAGUGAUUGCUCUUAACCAUGAAAUGCUGUAUAACUGUCAUUAAGCAUUAGUUCCUGUCUUGCAUAUUCCAGUUUAAUAUCAGAUUGUUAUUCUGCCACUGAUAGUUCACCAGAAGAAUAUCUAAUAGGUCUUUUGCAACCAACAGUCACGUACUGAUAAAUCACUUUCAUAACAAAUCAAUGAGCCAGUUCAUUCUUUAAGAAUCGUUUUCAGUGCACAUGCAAUUUUAUCCCGAAUUUUUUACCUUUGACAAAUUCAGAUAAAAUCCCUGCACACUGAAAACGAUUCUUAAACUAUGAACUGGCUUAUUCAGCCAAAGGUCCCCUUGGGAAGGCGUACUGGAUGGUAAACAAACUUUAAACUGCUUUGUAUCUUGAAAUCGAAAGUAUCUUAUAAAGGAAAAAAAUAUUUGUGAAAAGGUUUUGGAUAUGACAUGUUUUCCAGUAACCCAAAAAUCUUUAAAUAAAGGAAGUUGUUUUUGUUUUUGUUUUUUUUGCCAUCCAGUAACAAUCACGUGUCAAUCUAUUGCAAAAGGCCUAUUGUCUGUAAAGAUUUUUUCAUUUUAGCUUUUUAAGUUUUUUCUUAUAUUUUUUCCAGAUUUUUCCACAUAUUUUCUUAGCAACCACCCAUAUUAUCUGUGGAACCGCUUUUAAGCUUAUAUCUUGUAAGCUUGCUUAAAAUUACUCCUAUUAUUAUUUGAUAACUGUGUAAAACUGUUAUAAAACAGAUAUUGAAUGAGUCCAGGAAAUAGACAUUCAUGCCCUUUAACCACGUCGGUUCUGGGUUUACAAAAAAUAGGAUCUGGAAAUUUGGGGAGAGUACCUUUCAGUGUUGGUGCUUUCCAACCGUGGGGAAAAGGCAAUAGUGUUUAUUUUGAUGGAAAAUAUACUUGUAGAAAGUCUUAAAAUGUUAUUGAUUGUAGAACAAAACUGCCCUUAAUCUUAUGACAAGCCUUAUGAAAUGUCCUAUUACAUGAAAAUAGGUUUUCCCUAUUGCUAGGGGGCACUAGGUAGGGUGACCUUAGCAAUAGGGUCAUCCUACCUUCACGUAUUUAGUACCUUGUGACCACUUCUGUUCAUAUUAUGUGUGACUUGUGUGAGUUCUAAGGUGUUAUAACUCUCACCUUGCCUGUUGUCUAUAACCUGACCACACCCCAUGGUCUCGUAUAGACUUUGACAUGUAAACUUACCCCAAUGUCUAUACUUAAAGUAUAGCAUUACCUGAAGCUUUCUUUCAGUUUUGAAGCAUGUCUUAUUUCACAUUGAGACAAUUAAACUCAAACCUUUGAGAAACUGA